CACGGCAGGGUGACGCCAUUUUGAAGUGGUCCCGAGCAGAGGAGACGGUCUUGGAAAAUUCAGCUCGUCCUGAACAGCGCGGAUUAACUGCAGCCUUUUUGUUUUUGUUUUUUUGUUGUCGUUUUUUUUUUUAGCUUUUCUUGCUACCGAACCGAACCUGGGUUCCCCGCGUGCACCGAGACCUAUUUGGACCGCGGAGGGAUUCGCUUGUUGGAGCCACUUUGAAGCGGGACGCCGCUUUUAUUCGGAGCUCUUCGGAAUAGCCUUAUCCCCCUCCCGCUGGAGCGGCCGGAACCGCGGUGCUGGUGGCAGGACAGCCCCGCCGGACUGUCGGGCGAAGCCGAAGCUCCUAGUCGGAGUAAAACGUCCAUUUUUGGGAGUAUAAAAUCCACGGGAAUGAGCAUUUCCGUAGCGUUUUGAUGUGUUUUAGCUAUGCGGCCGGAGCUCCGCUAGGAGAAGUUUGAUUGGACGGCGGAGUGCGAUUAAUUUCCAGUCCGAUGGAUGUUAGCCCUGCCCGGCUGUGGCUCGGCUCCCUGCACCGCUCCUCGGAAGCCCCGUGCACCGGCGAUCUGUCCGUCAAGCCGGAGAUCUGGCGACUCCACACCGCCGCGGAGCCGACCCCCCUCGCCUGCCUGUAAACCUGGAAAUACCACCAUCGAUCCCCUCUUCUUCAUCCUCCUCCUCCUCUUCCUCAGUGUGUGGACUUACCUGGGAUCGUUCGGAUUUAGACUCUUUAGUGAAUUAAAAUGGUCGACUCGGACACACUGGGUUGUUUAGAGGACUUUUAACUGACAAUAUUUUGACUUUUUUUUUUUAAAUUAGUUUAUAUAUAUUUUUAAACAAUUCUUUGCAUUGAGCGGAUCGAACUCGGAUGGAAAAUGGGAGACGCCACAAAGCUGGCCAUAGCCGUUUUCCUCAUCUCCUGUUCUUCAGGCGCCAUCCUGGGACGCUCCGAGACUCAGAAGUGCGUCUACUACAACUCCAGCUUUGAAAAAGACGGAACCAACCGCAGCGGCAUCGAGCCCUGCUAUGGCGAAAAAGGCAAGCGGCGGCACUGCUACGCCACGUGGAAGAACGUCUCGGGAAACAUCGAGAUCGUCAAGCAGGGCUGCUGGCUGGAUGAUAUGAACUGCUACGACAGCAAUGAGUGCGUGGAGAAGAAGGAGAGUCCAGAUGUCUUCUUCUGCUGCUGCGAAGGGAACCUGUGCAACGAGAGGUUCAUGCACGGCCCGGACGGGCCCCAGCAGAAUGACCAUUCAACCGCUUACACCACCUCCAACCCCUUCCCCCAGAAGCCGCAGCUCUUCAGCACCAUGCUGUACUCGCUGGUUCCCAUCGUGGGCCUCGCCGCCGUCGUCCUAUUCUCCUUCUGGAUGUGGAGGCACCACAAACUGGCCUACCCAGCCGCCCUGGUCCCCACCCACCACGCCUUUCACAUUAUGGUGGAGGAUCCCGGGCCCUCGCCCCCGUCUCCCAUUUUGGGCCACAAACCCCUGCAGCUGAUCGAGGUGAAAGCCAGGGGGCGCUUCGGCUGCGUGUGGAAGGCGCAGUUGCUGAGCGAAUACGUGGCCGUCAAGAUCUUCCCCAUCCAGGACAAACUGUCAUGGCAGAACGAGUACGAGAUCUACACCGUGAGUGGCAUGAAGCACGAGAACAUCCUGCACUUCAUCGGCGUGGAGAAGCGCAACAACAACCUCGACCUGGAGCUGUGGCUCAUCACGGCCUACCACGAGAAGGGCUCCCUGACAGACUUCCUUAAAGCCAACGUGGUGUCAUGGAACGAGCUCUGCCACAUUGCUCAGACGGCGGCCCGCGGCCUCGCCUACCUGCACGAGGACAUCCCGGGACACAAGGAUGGGCACAAGCCCUCCAUUGCCCACAGGGACAUCAAGAGUAAGAAUCUGCUUCUGAAGAGCAACCUGACCAUCUGCAUCGCUGACUUUGGCCUUGCUCUAAAGUUUGAGGCCGGAAAAUCUGCUGGAGACACGCACGGACAGGUGGGAACCCGUCGCUACAUGGCCCCUGAGGUCCUGGAGGGGGCCAUCAACUUCCAGCGAGACUCCUUCCUGCGCAUUGACAUGUACGCCUUCGGUCUCGUCCUAUGGGAGUUGGCGUCUCGUUGCACCGCUGCAGAUGGCCCGGUGGACGAGUACAUGCUCCCCUUUGAGGAAGAGGUGGGUCAGCACCCGUCCCUAGAGGACAUGCAGGAGGUGGUGGUGCAUAAGAAGCUGCGGCCCUGCCUUAGGGACUGCUGGCAGAAACACGCGGGUCUGACCAUCCUCUGCGAAACCAUCGAGGACUGCUGGGACCACGAGGCCGAGGCUCGCCUGUCGGCCGGCUGCGUGGAGGAGCGCAUCGGCCAGAUGCAGCGCCAGGCCCCCAUCAUCGGCCCGGACGAGAUUGUUACCAUGGUGACGAACGUGGACCUCCCCCCAAAGGAGUCUAGUCUAUGAUCAGCGACAAAUCAGCUGGAGGAGAGAAACCUCCGACCCUGGUUGGUCGGUUUGAUGUUUUUGGGUUUUUUUCCUUCUUUUUUUUUAGCUUUUUUUUUUUUUUUUUUUUAAUCUUUAAGUGCGGGCCGCUACUUCAGGAAACACCCGCGCCCACCUCACUACAUCAGUCCACGUCAUUUUGAUCUGUGUGCCUGAGGAUUCGAGCCCGUCGCCCCCAAGCAGACGCUUGGGACGAGCCGGGAACGGCGGACGCUUUUACCACGCAUCGUUUUUUACACACACACACAAGCGUGCAGGAUGUUUGGCUCUCAGACUUUAACUGAACUGCAUUUUAGCAUUUGGAGAGGAAAACACAUAAAAAGGCGGGGGAGGGCUCCGCUUUUGAUGCAUCGCUGUUUCCUGUGUGCGUUCCUCUGAAGAAACGGCUGUCUUUCUGCCAACAAGCAACGGCUUCUGAAUGUUCAUAGUGUAAUGCUGCUGUACAUAGUGUAUCAUGGACCCUGAUGGUUGUUUAUUAGGCGUACUUUAACCAGGGGAGGCGGGGCUUAGGGGGGGCGGGUCCAUUUUCAAGCAUUACGACAAUUUAAAACAAAACAAAAAACGAAAAGAAAAAAAAAAAGAAAACAUGAACCUCUUUCAACCAGGUAUACCUCAGUUCAGACGGACUUGAUCAUCACCCCCUGCUCAUCGUCACCUUCAUCGUUUUUUUGGCCAUGGGACACGCCCCCCUUACCCUCCCACUGCGAUGUCUGUCAGUAUUUUUUUCAAUCCUUAUUUUGGGUUUCCUCUCAUCCCCCCCGAUUUAACAAAAAUUCAAAGAAACCCGACGGAUUCUCUCGGGGUUUGGUGAUUAUUUUGGUGGGGAGGUGCCAGAUUGAGGGGCCCUACCCCCUAAUCCCUUCUAUCAUAUUCAGCUGGGCCAACCUGCUUUUUAAAAAAAAUAUAUAUAUAUAUAUACAUUUUUGUUUUAUUUUCAGCUUGUCCUCUCUUUUCGAAACACCUCAGGAAUCUUUGCUACUGUCCUCCUCACCCGUCGGGAGCUGGAACGCCUUCACUUCCUCCUGUCUGGACUCAUACCACUAACCAGGUUAACUGCGGGUCGUUGGUGGAGUCCAGCUCUGCUUGAUGGAUUUUUCUUUUUUAUUUCAGCCAUAAAAAAUCUGCCGGUUAUGCAGUUUGGUGUUGCUCACAUCGACGCUAACCACCCUGGUGCCAUCCCCGCCCCGCCCUGCCCCUCCCCGCCCCUCCCCCACACAUACAUCAGCUCUUCUAAUCGAUGUCAGGCGAAACGGAUGUAUCAGUCACUGCCGUGACCUUUUUUUUUUUUUUUCUUUCGAGUCUUUACCUUCUCCGAGGGACGUCGAAACUCCGGUGUCGGCAGACCUGCAGUCUCUCCUCAAGCUUGGGGUGUCGGUUCCGCGCGGCGCAGUUUUACACUAAGGCUUCAAACGUGGUGAGAAAAAAAAACAGACACGCAAACAACCCCCGCCCGCCCCGCGCGAAGGAAGUCGAAGCCAUCUUUGCCAACCGUAGCACGAGAGCGACGUCUGCAGCUGCUGCUUCCUCUGCCGCCGCCCUCCAUGGACGAUCGGCUCGGUCAGAGCUACCUCAUUCGCGGUGCGGACGGCGAAACCAGAAGUCCUCCAUUUUUGCCGGUUCCUCUGGGGAAGAAAAAUAGCUGAAACUGCGCCGGCGGAACCAACCCCAACCGACAAACACCAUUCAGGGAUUCAGUACUAUGCUCUUCGACGUGAGUUAUAUGCAACCAGUGCCGCAAUCAACCGCUGCAGGAGGGACUUUCAAGACACCAGAAACUUGUAGCAUCUUCAUUUUUCUGACCCCGUGACCUUUGCAUAUUGACGUGUUGUAUUUAUUUUUAAUUUACUGGCCUGAGGUUUUUUUUUUUGUUUGUUUUGUUUUCUGAGGUAGGGGUUCGGAGCUCAGGUGUGCAGCUCGAGGAUAAGUGUUUCGUUGUUCUCGUGGUUGUUGUUCUUGUUGUGUAAGGGUGGGACGGGGUGGGCGGGGUGUGACGAUUCAGGAAUUCUUCAAAACGACAAAAUGAACAGACAACGGACUGUGACCCGCUUAACUCUAUUUGAUCUACGGACAAAAGCGACCAGAGAAUGAAUGUUCAGCAGACGCCUGGACCUGGUUGUACAGCGCGGAACCUGACGGAUCGGACCGCCGAACCGUCAAGGGCUUGUGUCUUGCGAUUGUGCCCCGUCCGGUAGAAAAUAGUAAAAGCUGAAAAUAGUAAAAAGGUUGUUUUUUUUUUGUGUGGGUUUGAGCGCCUCUUUGUAAGCUAGCGGGCUGAGAAAACCAAAAUCAAAACGUAAUCAAACAAGGUGAUCGCGGACAAUCUCCGAUCUUUGGCCACCUCCAGUCCUGCCCGCCAUCUAAAGACGUCCAAACUUUUCUAAGCUUUUACGAUUUUCUGCUGCGACCCCCCUCCCCCCCUUCCAGCACCUCACUUUGCUGUGCAUAUAUUACCAGUGAAACAUUUGUGUCUUGUUGCCCCGCCCCCCACUAUUUUACGCAGGAUUUGUACAGACAUAAAUACUUGUAUCAACUAUAUACUCUGAGCUGAAUCUUUAUAAGUACGUGUUGAACUUCAGUGUUUCCUUCUACAUUCAUCGAUGCUGAGAAAAGAAAACGGAAAAAAAAAUUGCAACAUGAAUUUUACAACUCAAGAAACAAUGCAAUCACCCGAGGAGUUCCUCAGGGAGCCUGUUCGGAUGCCCCAACGGUUGCAGUACUCCCCGUUAUGUGACAACUCAUUCCAGCAUCUCUGUUUUUUCCCCCCUUUCGGCGGGAAAUUUCGAGGGAACACUGAAACGCAGUCACCCCCGCUGCUGCGACUGCAAAGUCGGACCCACAUCUGGAAUUUUGACCAGGAAACCACACAAACAAACACUACAAGCGAUUUUCUGACCGUACAUUUCUGGAGGCUUGCGAGUGGCAGCGCUGAUCCGAGAUCCUCGGAGAUGACGUUCUAUUCCUGAUACAUGUGACUGUAAAUUUCAUGUUACUGACAAAAAUGUGAAAAAUGGAUGAGGCGCUCUGAAACUGGAAAGUGUUGGAAUGAAGACGAGCGGAGAAAGGAGACGACUGAUCCCAGGUCAGCGCUGUCGCUCUGGGCUGCCGUUAGCCUGUAAGGAUUUUUAUCAGCCGAAUUCAUCCACGCGAUGUAAAUAAAUGUGUUUUUAGAUUGUGA